UCUGUUACAGGCCUUUCCAUGCAUAUCGACAGGAAUUUAUGGUUUUCCCAAUGAGCCGGCAGCAGAAAUCGCCCUGAAGACCGUGCAUGACUGGAUCCUAAGCAAACAAGAUGAGAUCGACUGUGUCAUAUUCUGCGUCUUUCUGGAGACAGAUUAUGAGAUUUACAAGAGGAAGAUGUCAGAUUUCUUCUCCCCAGAUAAUGACGACCAUAAGAAUGAAAAAGAUGCCGGUGUUGAAGAAGGUAACACGGAGCCCGUGGAAGGAGGGGAAGAUGAUGAUGUUGCUGAUAAAAAAGAUGAAAAGCAGGAUGAAGGAUUGAUGAGCCAGCAAGAGGAAUCUACUGAGGAUGUGACAAUGCAAAGCCAGGAGCCAGAAGGCGAGAGCCCUGACGCCGAAUCCAAGGACGAGGAGGCCAAACCUCCUGAAAAAGGAGAACCUACAGUGGAGGCGAGUCCAACAGCAGAGAAGAAAGUUGAACAGGAGAGUGAAAAAGAGACUUGGAAGAAAGAAGGCAAGGGAGAAGACCCACAAGUUGCAGGGGAAGAGAAAGGGGGUAGCCCAGAAAAGAAGAUGCAGACAGGCCAGCCUGAUGAAGCGGGAAAACAGAUGGAAGAGUCAACAAAGAGUGCAGACACCGGGGCGGACACCAGUCAGGGGCCUGAGGUUCCCAUGGAGGUUCUGGAUGCUGAUCAAAGUGUUUCAACAGCCAAGGAGAGCAACACCAGCAACAGCACUAAAGAUGAUGUGAAAGCCCAGGAUAAGAGCUCACAAGAGCCCGACGCAACUCCACCAGACACCAGACCAAAUUCUGAAGACGGCCAAGGCGAUAAGAACGCACAGGAAUGAGACGACAAUCAGCCUCAUAGGAACGAGUGCCGGCAAACUGUGUGAAGGCAAAUAUCACACCAAUUUUGUCCCACGCCAGGGAGUCGCCCACAAACACUGGGAAAAGUGUUGACCCCCACUUCAUUCACCAUCUUUCCUUCUAUUCAACCUGUAUUUCCUUUCCGCUUCCUCAUAUUAAAAAUAAAUCAGAUAUAUAGCUAUAUAAAAAGGAUCAAAUGAGAGUGUGAACAUAUCAGAGAGAGUGCAGGGAUUGUGGAGCUGGAGGAGGACUGCUAUACCUCACUGACAUGCUGCUUGAUCAAUAGUUUUUUGCAUUUUUUUUCAAUAUAGCAUCUUGGUGC